GGUGGGAGGGGAAAGGGUCUCCUGUCUGAUCCUUUGUCAUGGGAAGACUUUCCUCUGCUGCUUUGGAGCAGAGAGGCAGGCAGAAGGAGGACCUGAGCGUCAAAACUUAUAAGCGGCCAGCAGAGGAUUUUAAACUAUGUAACCUGGGCAGAAAACAGAGGUCUCAUCUGAAUCCUCCAUACUUCGAUCUGAUUCAUCCGAAGGGGCAGGUCAUUGUGAUGAACAGUAUGCUUCCUCAAAGGAGCGCCGUCGCCACAUUGGGCUACGCUUCUGACUGUUUGAAGAUUGAGCACAGCGGUGGCAGCUCUGUAGGGGGGACAUUGCUGAGGGGCUCUCGAUCUAAAGCUGAGCUUCAGGAACUGAUGGAGACUCUGCAGCGUAGAAAGAGUGCUCUGGAGGCCAGCUUGAGGGCAGCUGAAUGCAGUCGCAAGUACCUUAGCGUACCUUCAUCUGUUGCUGGCCAGCCCAGCAGGCCACUGUCCAUCCUCAGCAACACAGAACGACCUCCAUCCGCCUCCAGGAACUUUUCCUACAUCAACAGCAACAGCGUGCCUCCAUCGCCACGACAGGGUGAGCGCCAGAUUAGCACCAAUGGUUUGUUUCGUCAUUCCUACUCUCGCCACCAGUCACAAGACAGUCUACUGCUUUCUAAUGCAUCUGACGGAAAUUCUCUGCUGUCCUCGUAUGGGGAGCCAGUGCCUCGUUCUCCCAGGGUCAAGAGCGGGGCGGCCAGUAUGCCAUCCAGUCCUCGGAUGAGCCGUAGACUCAGCUCUCAAAGCAAAGCCGUCGGAGAGUCAAGGCAGAGGAAAUACUCCACUGGUUCCCUCAACAACCUGGGGAUGCAUAGCCGUUCUUUGCCACGACUUCACAACGCGGCAGACCCCCCCGUUUUGUCAUUGCCCUCUCGUCACUCAGUGGGUUCCCACAGGGUGGUGGUCUCAGCGGGACAGCGGCGCAGUCUUUCCUCCCUUGAGCAGCCGCCAGAUGUGACAGUGCCUGCAAGCAUGCCCAGCACAUCCAGGAGGUCCAGCCUUGCUUCACUGAGCUCCCUAGGUAUAGAGAUUGACGGAACGGGAUUGGACCUAGGCUUAGGAGAAAGGAGGUUGUCAUUUGGGAAAAGCGGGCUAAGUCCAGGACAGAGGGUGGGCAGCAUCAGUUCUCUGAAUGGCAAAGAAGAGCUGAGAGACUAUCACCAGCAUCAGAGAGAUGAGCGACUCAGGGAGCAGAAAGUGCAGAAAUUGGAAUGCCAGCGUCUAGAAACCAUCUUAAGCCUGUGCACUGAAUUGGGACAGGUGGUGAGAGAGCCGACGGGCUCAGCUGUUUCUGAUCUGCAAAAGAUCAAUAAGGAGCUGGAGAAGCUGCAGGUGUCGGACGAUGAGUCUGUGUUUUCUGACUCCCCUAGCAGCACUGCUCCAGACACCUGUUUUGGGGCCAAAGCCAGAGAUCUUCAGCUUCCCGAGGAGCAGCAGGCCAUCCAGCGUCAGCAGGGAAACUACAGGUCUCACUCACCUGCUAUAAGUCUGAACAGCAGCGCUCCUUCUCCUUCUACGCACCACAGAGCCAAAGCCUUGGAGAGCAUGCAGCUGAAACAGGAAGUAUCUCAUUUAGAGGAAGAGAGAAUCCAGGUUCUGAACAACAUCGAAGAGCUGGAGCAGAAGAUCAAAGACCUGGACAACCAGAUGGAGGAGUCUUUGCGUGAGAUGGAGGUGGAGUGCGCCCUGCUGGACGGCGAACAGGAGUCUGAGAUGACCCAGCUGCAGAGGGAAAAGGAGCUGUUGGACGAACUCAAAGAAAAAAUGCAAAGUAUCGAGAGGACAAGCAAGCCUGCAAAAUCUCAGGAAAGCGAGGAGCAGACAAAAACCUCAGAGGAUUCGGAAUUUCAAAAGCUGGAGAGAGAAAUCAAGCAGGAAGAGGAAAACGAGAGUCAAAGCCAAGAGCUGCUGCGGGACAUCGCCGAGUAUCAGCGUCUUAGCAUCACGCGCAAGGAAAGAAUCAUGACUCUGAAGAAACAGUCCUCUCAGAUCACUUUACAGGCUCAGCAAGAGAAAGAAAACUUCCAGAGAGAGAAAAACAACUUGCUUGUCAUGCUUCAAAAGGAGAGAGACAAGCUGCUGUCUUUGGAAGGAAAGUACGUGGAGUUGUCUGAGGGCCAAACUUUGACCAACAACCCUGUUGCCAUCAAAGAGCACUUGAACUCCCUGAAGGAGAGGAGAAGAAGUAGCAAAGAAAGCUCUUCCCAUCCUAUCGAAAGCAUUCCUCAUAAGAGAGGCCAGCAGCUCCUCGGAUCCUACGGCAGAUCUCUGGGACGCACGCUUCCUCCCAAGGCACAUCUGCCUUUAUCCCAAAGCUCCAGCUGUGGGAGUGUCAUUCCACAAGGCUUCAUCUUCUCCCCCCGGGAAGUGAACGCCCGUCGGCUGCCCAAGGCAGGAAACAGCCAUGCUCACAUGAACGACGACAGACAGAGGCAGAGUGACUUUUGCAGCAGGAUGGUCUCUGAGCCCAACGUGUUCCUGGACUCCUUCUCGUACCCGGAUAACAGCCAGGCAUCGGACACCGUCAGUGUGGACAGUUCGGACAGCCUGGAGACCAGCUUCUCUGCGUGUUCACCGGACAACAUCUCCAGUGCCAGCACUUCCAACAUGGCAAAGAUUGAGGAAAUGGAGCGUUUACUCCGAGAGGCCCAGGCUGAGAAGCUGAGACUCCUUGAGCACAGGGAGCGGGAGAUGGAGAUGCGUAGGCAGGCUCUGGAGGAGGAGCGGAGGAGGAGAGAGGAGCUGGAGAAACGUCUGCAGGAGGAAACGAGCAGGAGACAGAAACUUGUGGAAAGAGAAGUGAAGCUCAGGGAAAAACAGAGAUCGCAGUCUCGGCUGCUGACUCGCUACCUCCCCGUGAGAAAAGACGACUUUGACCUUCAUGGCCACAUCGAAGCAGCCGGACACAACCCAGACGCCUGCUUCCACCUGGCCAUCACCGACAAAACCUGCCGAGGAUUCCUGGUCAAAAUGGGCGGGAAGAUCAAGACGUGGAAGAAACGCUGGUUUGUCUUCGACCAGAAUCGGAGGACGCUCACAUAUUACGCAGACAAACAUGAGAACAAGAUGAAGGGAGUCAUUUACUUCCAGGCCAUUGAGGAGGUGUACUACGAUCACUUAAAGAAUGCACACAAGAGCCCCAAUCCUUCUCUGACUUUCAGUGUGAAGACCCACGAUCGCGUCUACUACAUGGUGGCUCCGUCUCCUGAGGCCAUGCGUAUCUGGAUGGACGUUAUCGUGACGGGCGCUGAGGGACACAUGCACUUCAUGGUGUAGCUCACCCGCUUUCACUUUUAUUUUCUUUACCGUUGAGUUUAGCAAGUUUCAGUCCUCUGCACAUGUCAGAAUAAUGGCAAACACGUGUGGAUCAAAGAGGGAUUUUACCUAAACAGUUUCUGUGUCAAUGAUCACAGAAAUUUACAAAUGAGCAGAAAGGAAAUCUGCUCGCAUGUGCAGGCUUUAUUAUGCAGCUGUGUAUAGAAGACAGAAAGUGUUUGGUCUCAGAAGUAAGCCAUGUGGGCUGUUUUAAUCCAGUUGUUUAUGUUUUGUGAGAAGCUGAAGUAUCUCUUAAUCUCACAGCAGGUAAUUUUCUUUUUUUUCUCUCUCAAUCAGGGAAGCUUCUAAAUGACGGAACCUAACAUAUGCUCUGAUGGGUUGGUCCCACAAAUUAGUUUCCUAUUAAAAACGGUCUUUUAUCAACAUUGGAUGAUUUUAAUAAAUACAGGUUUUUGCAUUCAAUGUUUUUGUGUAAAAGUUGUAAACCGUCCCUAUUUUCACAUCACUUUCAAAGAUAAUCCUCAACAUAUUUUAGUUUUCCACCCUUUCUGAAAAUUCCUUUAAAGCUUUACUUUGUACAUUAUGUAGAAAAUACAUUUCCAGCAAAUAAAUAGUGUCCAAAAGUCAUGUUUUCAACAAACGGUAAACGUGCAACAACACAGUACGUCACCUGUUGUAUGAAAAGGUUUCAGCUGGUAGCUUGUUAAAGUAGAAUACUUUCCAUUUAUUUUUUGUUAAAGUGUUUUGGCUUUCUUAUCUUUUAGAGAUUCAGGUAAAAGUAAAAUAAUAAAAAAAGAGUUGAACAGGGCUGCUAAAUAUCUGAUUUAAAUUAAAGCCGUUUUUUUCUGAGAAGUUUUCUGCCUUAAACACAAGGCACCUAAAAUAAAUUCACCCAAUUUUAUUUAGGUGAAAAGAAUUUAGGAUUUUUCACCUAAAUUUUACGGCUUUGAAAGUCUUUCUUUUUGUGGUUUAGUAAGGGAACAAACUAAAAACUAUUUUGAAAAUCUUGGGUAGAAAAUAAACAGGCAAGAAAAUAAUCCUCCAUGCCAGUUUUGAAUGUUACACAAAAGGCUUCUAUUGAAUACUCACAGGAGGGUGAACAUAAAUACACACCACACUUUUCAGAUUGUUUCUCAUGAGACAACUUAAAAAGCAUGUGGCAUUUUUCUUCCACUGCACAGUUGGAAGAAAUUAUCUUUGUGUUUGUGAAUUCUGACAAAAUGACUAGAAAUUUGUGUUUGUAAUGUGACGAAAUAUGAAAAAGUCCAAGGUAUGAAUCCUUUUUAAAGGUAUUGUAUAUAAAGAAAGGAGGAAUCACCAAAGAUCUUUGCACAACACAGCACUUUUCUACUUCUGAUGGUACUUUUCAGUAUUUCUACAUCACAGCCAGACUUAUCCUGGGCAUCUUAUCUGCCCAUCCACUCUCUCUGAGAGGUCACAUACCGCACCUUCUGUUCAGCUCGAGAUUAUGAAUCAGAGUUUUUUUUUACUUAUUUCAACCGCUGCUUUCAGACGACCAACAUAAGCUGACCUUGUCUGCUUACCUUAUGACAGGAUUGAAUGUCCACUGUUGUUUUUUAUUCUUUUGCACCUCUGUCAUUACCAAAGAAGCCUUUUUUUUAUUCGCAGAAAUUGUAAUAAUAAUAAAAAAGAGAUAAUAAGGAAUUAUUUACAAAUGCUGACUAGACAUGAAGCCAUGAAGCGGCCACAGUCACAGUAGCGCUUUGUUUUAUGCUGUUCAGCUAGCUCCCUCUGUCUGCAGCGGAGGCUCACAUGACGAGGCCAUGUUGUGCAGCAGUGAUGCUGGAUGUUCCUGCGUCACCCAUGUGUUAUUAACACUAAUGCAUUUCACUGCGUCUCACCAGCAGAGGUCCUCAGCGCAGAGUGAUUGCAGAGAAUGACGUAAUGCUCUGCCUUGAAAGCCCAGAGUCAUUUAUAUUAAAGAACAUAUGCUUUAUCAUCAGUAUUUCUUUAUGCUAUAUAAGCAGUUAUGAUCACAUGUACACCGUGUUUAAGAAUAGCUUUUGUGUAGUUUUUUUUUUUUUUUUGCCAUUUUUGUGUAUUCAUAAACGGAUUGCCAUAGUGAGAAAUGCUUGACCAGCUGAUGGUUAACAGACUGCAGGGUUCGCUGUUUAUCCUGUGCUGAUUAAUUGUUAAUUAAUUCCUGCAGAGGGCAGAUCCCUUCAUUAUCUGUCACUUUAACAUCUCAUUCUUAUCCAAGCCUUGAAACACAACAAACUAUAGCAUUCAUAUAUUUUUUUUUUUUUUUUUUGUAUUGUGUAUAUAAACACAUUGCAAUUGUAGCUAAUGCAAUAAUUCAGGUUUUUAUACUCAACUUGUGUCACGAAUAAAUACUUCUGACCACAAA